CGCCCACUAUUAAAGGCAGUUGAAUCAGAAGAAACAGAUUAAAAUGGUCCGUUCAUUCUCUUUUCUUGUGUUUUUAAUUUUGGGUUGCUGGAUAAUUUGUUUUUCCAGUUAUGUUAAUGCUCAAUCACAGUCAGUCCAGUCAGUCAAAUCGUCCCAGUCAUCAUUCAGUUCGAAGCAAUCAUCCGGACAGCCAGUCCAAACAUCCCAGUCAUCAUUUGCGUCAGUCAAGACAUCAGGUCAAUCAUCAGUCCAGUCAUCAAAGCAAUCAUCAGGUCAGUCAUCAGGCCAGUUAGGCAAAUCGUCCCAGUCAUCAUUCAGUUCGAAGCAAUCAUCCGGACAGCCAGUCCAAACAUCCCAGUCAUCAUUUGCGUCAGUCAAGACAUCAGGUCAAUCAUCAGUCCAGUCAUCAUACCAAUCAUCAGGUCAGUCAUCAGGCCAGUUAGGCAAAUCAUCAACUCAUUCAAAAAAAUCAAGGAAAUCCUCAGGCAAGUCAUCAGACCAGUCAAUCCAGAUACCAGGCGAGUAUGCCAACCAGGCCAGAUCAUCCAAACAAGUCCAUUCAUCAGGCAAGACAGUAAAGUCAUCAGCCCAGUCCUCAGUCCGGCAAGCUCAGUCAUCAAACAAGUCAGUCCAGUCCCUUAUUAAAACAACCAAAUCAUCUAAGUCAUCAGGUCAGUCAAUCCAGUCAUCAGGUCAGUCAAUCCAGUCAUCAGGCCAGUCAAUCCAGUCAUCAGACUGUUUAAUCCAAACAACAGGCGGGAAUGCCCAUCAACACCAAGAACUAUCAGGCCAGUCAGGCAAGGUAUCAGGACAAUUCACCCAUUCGUCAGGCCAGGUAGUCCAGUCAUCAGGUCAGUCACAACAGGCAGCUGGCCAAUAUGUUUAUUCAUCAGGCCAGAACGCACAUAGAUACCAUUCAUCAGGGCAUUUAAGCCAAUCAGGUCAGGUAUCAGGCCAUAGGUCAAGCCAUUCAGGUCAGACAGUCCUGCAAACAGGACAGUUAGCCAAACAGUAUGACCAGUCGUCAGGUCAAUCAUCAGGCCAGUUAGUCCAUCAAACAGGGCAGAUAUCUGCAGGUCAGGCAUCAGGGCAGUUUGCCCAGUCAUCUGGAUAUGUAUCUGGACAGUAUACCCAGUUAUCUGGCCAAUCCGACCGGUCAUCAGGUCAGUCCGUAGAAUUAGCAGGCCAAUAUGUCCCGUCAUCAGGCCAAGCAACAGGCCAGUUUGCCCAGUCAUCAGGCCAGUUCACCAGAGAAUCAGGCCUUGCAACAGGCCAGCAUGCCCAGUCAUCCGGAUAUGUAUCUAGACAGUAUGCCCAGUUAUCUGGCCAAUCAGACCGGUCAUCAGGACAGUCCGUACAAAUAACAGGCCAAUAUGUCCCGUCAUCAGGCCAGUUUGUUCAGUCAUCAGGCCAGGCAACAGGCCAGUUUGACCAGUCAUCAGGCCAGUUUGCCCAGUCAUCAGGCCAAAGAACAGGCCAGUUUGCCCAGUCAUCAGGCCUUGCAUUAGGCCAAAAUGCCCAGUCAUCCGGAUAUGUAUCUGGACAGUAUGUUCAGUUAUCUGGCCAAUCAGACCGGUCAUCAGGCCAAUCCGAAGAUAUAACAGGCCAAUAUAUCCCGUCAUCAGGCCAGUUUGUCCAGUCAUCAGGCCAGGCAACAGGCCAGUUUGACCAGUCAUCAGGCCAGUUUGCCCAGUCAUCAGGCCAAAGAACAGGCCAGUUUGCCCAGUCAUCAGGCCUUGCAUUAGGCCAAAAUGCCCAGUCAUCCGGAUAUGUAUCUGGACAGUAUGCCCAGUUAUCUGGCCAAUCAGACAGGUCAUCAGGCCAAUCCGUACAAAUAACAGGCCAAUAUGUCCCUUCAUCGGUUCAAGCAACAGGCCAGUUUGCACAGUCAUCAGGCCAGGCAACAGACCAGUUUGCCCAGUCAUCAGGCCAAAGAACAGGCCAGUUUUCCCAGUCAUCAGGCCUUGCAUUAGGCCAAAAUGCCCAGUCAUCCGGAUAUGUAUCUGGACAGUAUGCACAGUUAUCUGGCCAAUCAGACCGGUCAUCAGGCCAAUCCGUACAAAUAACAGGCCAAUAUGUCCCGUCAUCAGGCCAGUUUGUCCAGUCAUCAGGCCAGGCAACAGGCCAGUUUGCCCAGUCAUCAGGCCAGGCAACAGGCCAGUUUGUCCAGUCAUCAGGCCAAAGAACAGGCCAGUUUGCCCAGUCAUCAGGCCUUGCAUUAGGCCAAAAUGCCCAGUCAUCCGGAUAUGUAUCUGGACAGUAUGCCCAGUUAUCUGGCCAAUCAGACAGGUCAUCAGGCCAGAUUGCCCAGUCAUCAGGCCAAGCAACAAGUCAAUAUGUUUCGUCAUCAGGCCAGGCAACAGGUCAGUUUGCCCAGUCAUCAGGCCAAAGAACAGGCCAGUUUGCCCAGUCAUCAGGCCAGGCAACAGGCCAGUUUGCUCAGUCAUCAGGCCAAGCAACAGGCCAGUUUGCCCAGUCAUCAGGCCAGGCAACAGGCCAGCUUGCCCAGUCAUCAGGCCAAGCAACAGGUCAAUAUGUUUCGUCAUCAGGCCAGGCAACAGGUCAGUUUGCCCAGUCAUCAGGCCAAGGAACAGGCCAGUUUGCCCAGUCAUCAGGCCAAGCAACAGGCCAGUUUGCCCAGUCAUCAGGCCAAGCAUCAGGCCAGUUUGCCCAGUCAUCAGGCCAGGCAACAGGCCAGAUUGCCCAGUCAUCAGGCCAAGCAACAGGUCAAUAUGUCCCGUCAUCAGGCCAGGCAACAGGCCAGAUUGCCCAGUCAUCAGGCCAGUUUGUCCAGUCAUCAGGCCAAGCAACAGGCCAGAUUGCCCAGUCAUCAGGCCAAGCAACAGGUCAAUAUGUUUCGUCAUCAGGCCAAGCAACAGGUCAAUAUGUUUCGUCAUCAGGCCAGGCAACAGGUCAGUUUGCCCAGUCAUCAGGCCAAGGAACAGGCCAGUUUGCCCAGUCAUCAGGCCAAGCACCAGGCCAGUUUGCCCAGUCAUCAGGCCAAGCACCAGGCCAGUUUGCCCAGUCAUCAGGCCAAGCAAUAGUACAGCUUGCCCAGUCAUCAGGCCAAGCAACAGGUCAAUAUGUCCCGUCAUCAGGCCAGGCAACAGGCCAGUUUGCCCAGUCAUCUGGCCAAGCACCAGGCCAGUUUGCCCAGUCAUCAGGCCAGGCAUCAGGCCAAGGAACAGGCCAGUUUGUCCAGUCAUCAGGCCAAGCAACAGGUCAAUAUGUUCCGUCAUCAGGCCAGGCAACAGGUCAGUUUGCCCAGUCAUCAGGCCAAGGGACAGGCCAGUUUGCCCAGUCAUCAGGCCAAAGAACGGGUCAAUAUGUUCCAUCAUCAGGCCAGGGAUCAGGCCAGUACGCCCCGUCAUCAGGCCAGUCAGGUCAGGCGCCAGGCAAGUCAACAGGAAAGAAUGCCCAUCGAGGCAAAUUGGUCAAGCCAACCAAGUCACCAGGCAAAUCAGCUGAAUCUGCCAAGAUGGAAGAAAAACAAUUAGAAUUGGAAAAGAAGCUGGAUUUGUUGGAUACAGACUUGAAAAUUGCGAAAAAUAAACAUCAGCUGCUAGCUGAGGAAGUAACUAAUAAAGCUACUAAAAAUAUGGAACUUGAAGAGCAGGUGAAGAAACUAAAACUUCAACUCACAAAAAGUAGCGCAAAUCAACAAGAAUUGCUGACGAAAGUAAAUGAACUAGAGACGGCAGUGCAGGAACACGAAGAAUAUUCGUCUUCCCUGUCACGCCAGGACGAAGGUCAAGAAACAGAAAAUGUCUGGACCAAGAGCGAAUUCUACAGGACAUGCGCCGAUCUCCGCGCAACGGAUCUUUCGAUUCCAUCCGGAAUGCGAUGGAUCGAUCCGGACGGCCAAGGCGUCGGCGAAAAUCCAAUUCACGUGUAUUGCAACAUGUCAACAGGAUCGACCUCAAUUCUACAUGAUAGUGAAUCUUCUAUCAAAGUGAGUUACUGCGCCGAGCCCGGGUGUUAUUCGCGCUCCAUCAUUUACCAAGCAUCCAUGGCACAAAUAAAAGCUUUGGCCGAUUUGUCUAGUGAAUGCCAUCAGUCGAUUACAUACGAUUGCUUCCUUGCACCGUACAAAGUCGGCAAUACCGUUUACUCCUGGUGGAACGACAGAGAUGGAAAUUCACAAUAUUUCUGGUCCGGAAAUAACGCAAAUGGAAUAUACACCUGUCAGUGCGGAAUAGACGGAAAUUGUGUCGAUUCUUCGGUUACGUGCAACUGUGACAGUCUUGCAAAACGGCAGUUAACCGAUAGCGGUGCCAUCAGAAACAAAAAUAUUUUACCAAUCACUCGCCUCAAUUUCGGACUAACUAAAUCGCCAACUGCCUCCGGUAUCCACAAGCUGGGCAGAUUGACAUGCUCCGGAUAUUCCAGACCUCGCCGAAACAUUCCAGGACAUUCGUUGAAACCUCCCGGACAAGUAGAUGGAACUGCUAUUGCAAAAUUGCCAACGUCCUGUGGUGAUGUAAAGAAAAUGGGCUACACCCUAAGCGGUUUCUUUUUUAUCAAAGGACCGAAAAUGAUGGAAUCCGUUUACUGCAAUUUCACUAAACUCUCCACAGACGCAGAUUUCCAGAAAUUUAUCGGAUACAUUGACGGCAAAUCGGCGCCAACGUAUUUUUACGUUCAACGAAACAAAAAAUUUGCCGAAAUCAAUACCCCAAUUACCUUCGAUUCUGAACUUGUAAACGCCGGAAAUGCUGUGAGUCUGUCAUCAGGAAAAUUUAAGGCGCUCGUCAAUGGAACCUAUUUCUUCUCCUUCGCGGGAAGGGCAUUUUCUCCGGCUUCAUCGUCGUUGCCGCCAAAUGGCCAAAGAGAUUUCGGUUUGCAAGUUUCUCUGUAUUUGAACGGUGAGCAAACUGGGAUUGAUUCGGUUCAAGAUUCAACCAUCGACUCUAAUCAAUGGAGUCCUGUGAUCCUCCAGUCGACCCUUAACUUGAAAAGGGGCGAUACUGUCUGGGUACAAAUUUCUUACCUUUCGCCAGGAGCUUAUUUGCAUGGUGACAAUUUCCACCACACCCAAUUCACUGGUUUUAUGCUGGAUGAGAAAAUUGUUAACUCCCUCUUAACUGCAUAGACGAAUUUUCGUCAUACCGUAGAGAAUUUAAUUGGUUCUUAUAAUAAAUGGGCAAAAUUAAAUUUAA